AUGGAUAAUCCUAGUGCUACUUCCACGAACACCGAUGCUGAGCAGCAGCGCCCUGAAAAGCCUGAUGCUGAGCAGGAGUGCCGUGAAACGCGUGACGCUGAGCACCGCCUGAAGUACUUCGAUACGUGCAAUUGGUUCAGCUUCGUGUUCAUCGCAUGGAGCCGCUCUUGGAUGAACUACUUCUGCAAAUCUUUCAUUGAGCCCGAUGAUAUACAUCCGUUACCAAAAGUGGAUUCCGUCGACCUUUGGCAGCCCAUAUUCGCCAAGCAUGUCAGUGAUGGGCUGUUGCGAUUGGAGCGAUGGGAGUCUGCCUCCGCUUCGGAACCAGGAAAGCCAAAGGCGUUGAGACCGUAUAGGAGCAUUAUUCUACGCGCUUUGUUUUUAACGUUUUGGCGUUGUGUUGUGGUACUGCUUUUGGCCCACAUUGCGUUGAACCUGGUAAAUGUCGGUACUGCGAUCUUGUUGAAAAGGCUGAUGGGUUAUAUGAACGACAAGGAACGAUCGAUGAAAGCUAUCAUAGGUAUGAUCCUCAUUAUUGUCGCUGUCGAGUUCGUGCACUCAGUGAUCGGUCAGCACGUGUUUUUGUAUUUCCAUCGAGUUCAUGUAAAAAUGGAAGCUGCCAUUACCAUCACGCUGUUUCAGCACGGAAUGUGCCACCGUCGUGCCUACGCAUCGAGUGUUGAUAGGCUGCCGGAAAUGUCGUCGUGCAAGGGAGUUGUACACUCUUGGCCCUGCAAAGACAAUGAAUGUGCGUCCAACCCACUGCUCUGUCCGGCUAGGAGAUAUCAGAAUAGGGAACUGCCGCCGAACAUCUACGUGUAUUUGUUCGUCGACGCGUACGCAAUAGUGUGCAUUGUCAAUGCGAUGAUCGAUAUCGUGAAAUUCGUCUCUGUCUUCGUUUUUUCGAUUUACCUUAUUGGUUCACGUAUCCAGAUCAAUGUGUUGGUUCCCGCGUCGAUAGUGCUCACUAUCGUUUUUAUUUUGAUAUUGAUUGAGGCGAUUAACGGUUACGUGUGGUACCACACGCUUCAGUCCAAGGAUAACCGUGUGGCCAGAACGGCCGAGGCACUUGGGCACUUGAACGUUCUACGUGUCAUGGGUGUGGAAGACGUGGGUUAUAACAUGGUGAGACACAGCCGUCAAGACGAGAUGAUGUUGCUGAAGACACGUAUCUCCCUGCACGCCGUGAGUGUAUUUUUGAACCGCAUUAUUGGUGUGUCUGUCUUACUUUACAUUUUGCUGGACUACAUUAAGACCUUGAAGACAUCGAUACACGAGUCCACUUUCGACAUCUCAGCACCUAUUACGAUCAUGUUUAUCGUCGAAAAGAUUGCCAGUGCUUCUGAGAACCUUCCCAAGACCAUGAAGACCGUCGUGGAGGCUGCUACAUCGCUGACCAGAGUUGAGUGGUUUAUUAGGUCUUGCUCUCCCAACUAUUACUUGAAUACUUAUAAAGAAGCCACUGCCUAUCUGAAAAGCCAGUCCAAUAAGUGGACUCAGGCCGACCUCCAGGAUGAGCUUCCUUCUGACACAGUUGCACAGUUCAAGGAUGCCUCUUUCGCCUGGUAUUACGACAGAAAGGAACUACUCAGCGUUAACAAGGCGUCGAAUCCAUUCUUCGCCAAAAUUAACUUUGAGUUGAAGGGUGGCGAGAUAAAGAUCAUCACUGGCAACCAGGGUUGCGGUAAGACGAGCUUCAUCAAAGCGAUGCUGGGUGAGAUGAGUCUGGUGUCUGGUAGCAUGGCCGUGGCGCCGCUGUCCACCGGCAUGCCCAUAUUCUACACGUCGCAGGAGGUGUGGCUGCCCAGCGGAAGCAUCCGUUCGAUCAUCACGUUCGGGUACGCCUUCGACGAGGACAUCUACAAACGGGUGACUUCGGCAGUCGAACUCGAGUCUGACUUCGCCUCGUGGGAGGACGGUGACAUGCGUGUGAUCUCCGCGAAAGGUUAUUCUCUGAGUGGAGGUCAGCGUGUGAGGCUGAGUCUGGCUCGUGCGUUGUACGCUUACUUGGUCUUCAGCAAGGCUAAUGAGCGCCUCGAAGAUCGCUGCCGUUUCUUGAUGUGUCUCGAUGAACCAUUCAACGGUUUGGACUCGAAGGUGACGGCUUCCAUUGCGGCAAACCUUUUCAAGAAGGGUACAGGUUUGCUGGUAAGGGACGACGUUUCUGUCGUCAUGGCGAUGUCUAAGAUGAACUUGGGAAUCUGCCUGUCAUCUGUUGAUUCCAGUAUUAUGGCUGACAUUGCUGUCUUAAUGAUUGAAGAUGGCUGCUUAUCCGAUGAGCGAGGUUUCCAAGCCUUGAGCACAGAAGGCCUACCGCGUGAUACUUCACCUACUGCGAGCUUGGGGACUCGUGUUGUGCGCAAGCACAGCUCUCUUUUCCGCAUACCUGAUGGAGUAUGGCGGUCUUGUGAGGACGGUGCAUUGAACAUGCGUAAAGAAAACUACCACCUUUCUCGCCGUCUGAAGGCCCUUGCUACCAACUAUACGAACGAUAUGGCAUCACAGGGUGACCUUUGCGCCACCAAAGAGGGUUAUUUGACCCUAUUUAGGGCAAUGGGAUUGAUAUUGUGCUUCACAAUCUUAUCAUUUGCGUUUUCCAGUGCCGUCGUGGAUAAGGUGAAUGCGAUUUGGGUUGCCAAGUGGUCGGAUUCGGUAAAAGCUCUUGGAGGGACGGAUAGGACCACACUUACGGAUCCCGCUGCCAUAGUAAAGGAGCAUGAUCACACCAGCGUUUUGAUCACCACUUUUUCGUCUUCGUACAUAGGAUUGAUUUUCUUUGCCAUUGCACUCAUCGCCGUCGCCAACGUCGUCGGAGCUAAUCGCCUGCACGAUUUCGCGCUAAAUUCAAUGUUUACGAAGAGUUCAUCAGUUAUCACGCUGAAGAAGUCUGUCGGCGAAUUGUGUACCUUUUUGGCUUCUGAUAUGUCUUACAUCGACAUUCACCUGGUGUCACUUGGCCAGCACGCCGUUUUCGGAUUUUUGAAAUUGUUGUUGCAAUUCGCUACCGUAUGUUACACGAUUCCGAUUUCCAUCCCAGUCCCCCUGAUUGGUGGUGCGAUUAUUUACUUCGGCCUCCUACAGAAGUACCUGGUUGCUUCGAAAAAAGGUCAGCUGCUCAUGCUUGAAGGUGUUACAAACAUCAACGCGGUGUACGCAAGUGUCAUUGACGGAUCUGCUGUGUACAGGAGUUACCAGAAGGAGAAGCAGUGCAUCAAAUCAAUUUAUGAGAGGUCGGACUAUUAUUACCGCAGCAAGUUCAUCAAAGCCGCCUUCACUGCGCGUUUCAUGAUCGAGACGAAACUCAUGACCUGUCUGAUGCUGCUUAUUGUCGCGCUGUUGCCCGUACUAUACAGCUACAUUACGGGCAAGCCUCUUCAGGUCGCGCAGGUUGGUCUAGGUAUAUCUGUUACCAUGGCUAUUAACUCCGCCCUCACGUCUUUCAUUUUGUACUAUGCGUCGAUGGACAAGAGUAUGUGCUCCAUGUCGCGCUACAAUCGCUUCUUCUUACAGGGCAGAUUUUCGUUGAACGAGAAGUUCGAGAGCAUGAACGAGACAGUGUUGCGCAAGGUUGGUGAUAAGGAUGACUGGAACAAGGAGCGUUGCGCGGGUCUGUUGAAACGUCGUAGGAACGAGUUCCGAGACUUUAUAUUCCGUCGUUACCGUUCGGUGCUGAGUUCGCUGUUUUACAAGCCGCGUGUGGAAUUUUUGGAUUGUGGAGAGUACCUUUGUGGAGAACACGUUUCGCUGGAAUUGGAAAACGUGUCAGUGCCGCAGCAGGCGACGACUAAGGGUGAGAGCUCUCAUUACAUCUUGAAGGGCGUGACUGCGAGCACACGUGCUGGAGAUGUGGUUGGUAUUGUGGGUCGUACCGGUGCCGGCAAGAGUACGCUGUUGAGUGUGCUGCAGAACAUUGCGUCGAAGAGGGAGGGUUCCGUGCUGCUCGACGGCCGGGAGCUAAACACUAUCCCGCGUAAGGUGCUGCGCCACAUCAUCGGCGUGCUGCCGCAGAUGCCGUUCGUGUUCAAGGGUUGGACUCUGCGCCGUUUCCUGGACCCGCGUAUGUUGCACUCCGACGACGAGAUCAUGCACGCCCUGGAGUGCUGUGGCCUGAUGGAUCUCGUCCAGUCGCUGCCCGGGACCGAUCCGCUGGACGCCGUCUUGGCACCCACUGCCUCCAUUCUUAAAGGCGGGCACUACCUGAUCACACCCCUGAUUAAGAUAAAAGGCGCCAAAAACACGGGUUUUGUUUUGCAAGCAUCAUUAGAGGAUAAACCUAACGAUACAUCCGCUUCGAAGAGCUUCUUCUCUUCAACGCAGAUGCGCAUGCUGUCUUUCGCUCGACUCAUUCUUUACCGAGAUUUGUACCGUGUUUUGUUGGUAGACGAACCUCCGGCUGAUGAGAAUUCAAAUGAAGGUGGAUCGGAGACUACCAACCAGGAUGAGAGCCGUUCCGGCGCGGCUGCGCCGCCCGUGUACGACCUUGUGCGGAUGUACUUCAAACACUGCACGACGUUCAUCGUCGCGCACGACAAGAACGUUUUGAAGUAUUGCAACAGGUUGUUUGAGAUGUGUGGUGGAGAGUUGGUUACAAAUAAGGUUUUGGAGCCCGGGGAUAUCGAAAAGUAUUUCGAGUGA